UCACAAGGACGUUUUCGUGUGUUAUCUAUUUACGAGAAGGUGGCAUAUUUAUUUAUAAUACCAUUAUCUUUAUUAUCUUAUCUCGAGGGAAAUGGUGUUAUCAUUUGAUCUAAAAGUUUAGGCGCCUAUUCUUUAUGGUAAAUACAGAGACAAUGGAUAAUACCGAUCAACCAAAUUCGCUAUACCAUGUGGACCCCAUCUGCAUGUACCCACUACAAUCCACCGAUACCAAGAACCUACCAUUUGGCCUCCUGACGGGAGAAAAUAAAGUGCAUUGCGGAAAAUCCGUGGACGGGGCCAUUCUUAUCACAAACUACCGUUUGUAUCUCCAGAAUGGCAAAAAUCACUACCAUAUUCCCCUGGGCCUCAUCGAAGUCGUUGAACCCAGAGAGCUGUUCUACCUUCACAUCGGCUGUAAAGAUGCCAGAACAUACAAGUGCACCUUUGAGAACAAUGAAGAGUGCCUGGAAUGGUAUAACCGCAUUGUUAAGGCCGCCGAGCCGUCUAGAGAUAUAAAGCAAUUGUUCGCCUUUUACCACUUCUUCUGGUCGAAGCAGAAGGAUUACGAUGAGGUGAUUAGGAGGUUAGAGAACCAAAGAAGGUACACGUUCGACAAGGAGAUGUUUGCCAACGAGAUGAUUCGACUACAAUUCGAAGGUGAUUCAUGGAGGAUAUCUAAAGUGAAUGAAAAUUACAAGCUGUGUCCCACCUAUCCUCCCUAUCUCCUGGUUCCGUCUUGUAUUAACGACGAUGUGCUUGAAAACGUCGCCAAGUUCAGGAGCUCCAGGAGGAUACCUGCUGCCGUUUGGAGGCAUACCAGGAACGGGGCGGUCAUAGCACGCUGCAGCCAGCCGGAAGUGGGCUGGCUGGGUUGGCGUUCGGAUCACGACGAGGAGCUGAUAAAGGCCAUUUCGGCGGCCUGCAACUUCGACCGUUCCCAGAGGGCCAACUUUGAGAAGGAGUCCAACUUGUCGCAUUCUCCCGGCUCGCUGCAUUCUGACGAUUCGUUGCAGUUCACCAACGAGAUCAACCAGACGGAAAAGAAGGUACUAAUAAUGGAUGCCAGGUCGUACACGACCGCGGUAGCCAACAGGGCGAGAGGCGGCGGUUGUGAAUGCCCCGAGUAUUAUCCAAACUGCGAGAUCCAGUUCAUGAACCUGGCCAACAUACAUUCCAUAAGGAAGAGUUUCCACGCUCUGAGACAGCUCUGCACCUCCUCGGCCGACCAGCCCAAUUGGUUCAGUCAGCUGGAGGGCACGCGCUGGCUACAGCACAUGUCGGGUCUCAUGAAGGCCGCCCUGACGCUGGUCACCGCCGUGGAGAGGGACGAAAGGCCUGUCCUCGUGCAUUGCUCGGAUGGCUGGGAUCGAACACCGCAGAUCGUGGCAUUGGCCGAACUACUGCUCGAUCCUUACUACCGAACGAUAGAUGGCUUCCGGAUCCUGAUCGAGCGAGAGUGGCUGGCGUUCGGCCACAAAUUCGCCGACCGAUGCGGCCACUCCUCGGGCAGCGAUGACCAGAACGAGAGGUGUCCCGUUUUCUUGCAGUGGUUGGAUUGCAUCCACCAAGUCCAGGCGCAGUAUCCCUGUGCAUUCGAGUUCUCUCCAACGUACUUGGUCAAGCUAGCGCAGCACAUCUACUCCAACCUUUUCGGUACGUUCCUGUGCAAUACGCUACAAGAACGCCUGAGCACCGUCAACGACAAGACCUUCUCCGUAUGGGAUUUCCUCAACUCGCCCUGUUUCAGGAACCACCUGUACGCGCCCCUCACCAUCACUUCCAGUCGGAAGGUGUUGUGGCCGCAGUGCAACGUGAGGGAGUUGAAACUGUGGUCCGAGGUGUACCUCGGCUCCAUGGAGAUCAACUUCAACACCGAGGUGGGCCCCAGCUGGUACCCCGGGCCGCCGGAGUUGUCCCCGCGCCACAUGACCAAGACCCGCUCCUACGGCGACCUGAAGAACGUGGGGGACUUUUGUCAGAACCAGUACAGACGUUGUAGCGACCCCAGUAUUAAUUGUGAUUCUAAGUUGACUGUCUUAGCCCCGGAUAUACCUCAACACGACCCAAACAUGUCCCCGAACGGCCAUCACGACCACACCGCCCAACCGGACUUCUACCCCAGCGACUUGGAGGACGUGGACUGCAAGCAGGACUGCCUGAUGUUUAAGGAUGCCGUCGUCACGGAAACCCUAACCGACGAGCAGAUCGACGGCCUGGACCAGUGCGACUUCAGUAGACACUUGCCGUCGGCGAGGAGUGACGUUGACGUGGGCGUGGGGCGAAGAGUCGGCGAUUCGGCCGAUUUUUUAGGUGAAAAUGUGAUAAAACGUGAGACUGAAAGAAUUAAUAGUGAUGUGGGCGGCUUAAGUUUGAACGGCGCCUGCCAGAAGGCCGUCCAGAACGGGGACUACAUUCGUAACGAUGAUAGUGACGAAGUGAGCGGGCACGUGGAGGGGCGAGCGGUGGAGUGCGAAGUAGGGCUGGACGGCAGGGUGAGCGGGGAGGUAGACGGUACCUCGUGCGGCACUGUCGGCGCUUUUUUAGAUGAGAGGUCCGUCGAGACCAGCACUGAGACGCUCGUGUCCGAACACAUGUGUAGUUCGUCCCCAAAAGAAAUCAACGGAUUCGAAAAAGUCCAAAGUCCAAUAGAAAGUAGUGAUAUGACUGAUGGUUGUGCUCAAAAAUUUAAAUUUAGCCAAGGAGCUCACAGUCGCCAGCACAGUGUCGGCGACCAGAGGUCGAGGUGUUCCGGUUCGCCCUACAGCAACGGGUGGGACGCCACUUUCCAGGGUGCGUCUCAGAAGAAUAACCUCAACUCAUAUCAGUAUACGUUGGGUGAUGACGGAUUGAUACCGCUCAGGUGUGUCGUCCAGGAACGGUUGGACCAAAUCAUAGACGAACACAAGAGGAAAGUGGACUUGUUGGAAAAAGAGCUGCACGUAACGAGACAGAACCUCAUAAAGCAGUCCUGUCAAAGGUGCAACCACAUGGACGGCGAACGUCAAGACGACAACUCUGAUAGUGACGUGGAGUCAACGAAUCGGAGUAUAUCAAAGUCUCUCAGUUGUAGCCCCCAAAGAAAUUCGAGUCCCCUUCCGAACCGACUGAGCUCCGUCGUUGAGUCGAUAUGUAGCGCAAGCGAGGGACAGGCCUCGGCUGGAGAAUCGCAACGCUCCGACAUGUCCUGGGUGGCGAUAGAGGAGGCCUCGUUGGCCGACUGUCAGACCCUUUGGGUUCCCGACCACGCUGUAUCGAGGUGUACGGGCUGCGGGACGGAAUUCUGGUUAGGAAGGCGGAGACAUCAUUGCAGGAAAUGCGGCAAGAUCUUCUGUGCCGACUGUUCUGAAAACAGCACCCCGUUGCCCUCGGAACAGCUGUACAAUCCCGUACGCGUGUGCACUGGGUGUUAUUCUCAGCUCCGGAGGGACUGUCCUGAGAUACCCAAUCAGUGCAAACACACCAACACUCAAACUACCAAUACCAACCCUCAGAUUGCCGCUUCGAGUAACUAACAAUUUUUUCCGCCGAUUCUUCAAUGAAUAAAGUUGUUUCCUUGAAAAUUUCGAGGAUGUUCCGGGUAUAUUUUGGCUGUUUAACUGCUGUUUAUUGACGUGAAACAACACUGACUCGAUACAUUUUCCAAAAUCGUGAGUAUGCGCAGCGUGUCUCUUUUUAACUGUUAGAAUAAAAUUCUUGUUAAUUAUUGUAUCUCGUGAUGUGGGAGUUUUUAAAUAAAUAAUUCAUUCUGAUUUGUGGUUUUAAAUUUUUGACCCAACACACAAUGAGCCGUGCCCUAUCCGACUCGUCUCGUCUAGCUUUGUUCUAGUCGAGACGAUUUUGGAAAAUGUAUCGCACCACAAAACUGACAUGAUUCUUUUAACAUUUGAGUAAUAAAAAAAAAAAGUAACUCUGUGAUGAUAAGGAGUAAGGGUGUUUGUAAAGGUUUUCGCACUAGUUGAGGGUUCGGCCGCAAUUUUUCGUACGAUUCGAGACGGAAGAGAGAUUUUAAAAUUUAUUUUUACUAAAAUAAGAAUAUAUUAAUGUUACUCUGCAUUUUACUUUUGCAAAAUUUUAAAUAUAUUUCUACAGUUGAACAUCUGUUGAAUGUAGUAGAAGUUAACAGAAAAUCGUGGGAAGAAAAUAAAAAAUAAUUGUGCGUAUAAUCAAAUUGGAUGGUGACGUAACGGUGACAUAAAAAUUGUCUUGGAAAAUCACUAGCCGCUAUUAAAGCGACGACCACCACGAUAUCCAACGUCGCAUUUAAACAUUGCCGCAAUCUCGCUGUUUUUUGUCAAUUUUUAUCCAAACCACCUAAAAAAAAAAAGUUAAUGCCACAACCUGAACGGAUUUAUAAGUUAUUUCAUGACGUUUCCUUUCUUUAGCGAACACGUCCCACAGAAAGAAAUGCCAUAAAAUCACUUGUGGAGACUUUUUCGGGACAGUCGUGGUUAGUUACAAAUUUCGAUGUAAGAAAAUGUAAAUGUAAAUAUAGAAGCAAAGUAUUUAAUUUUAAAAAAAGAUAAAACAAAUUGCAGUUCCUUUAUGUAAGUAAUUAUAUAUUUUCUAAGGCAGGGCAUUAAAAUUUCGCAGAGGGAAAAACGGCUUUUUUAUCUUUCGUUAGUAAUUACUUUACACACAAAUGGAAAAUAUCAAUUAUCAAUCAAUAUUUGUAAAAUUAAAUUUAGAUUGCAUUUAAAGUUUAGUGUUAUAGAAAAGAAUGUACUUUAUAUUAAUCAUUAGUUGCAAAAAUAAAAAGAUUUAAGUUGUG